AGCGUGUGGCUCGGGGCGACUUGGGGCAACACCCCAGCGCUGAGACUUGCGCGGUGCCUGGACGUCCGGAGGGUCGCGAUGGUGCGGGGCCUUCUGCGAAGGUCGAGGCUUUGGCCUGCGGUUUUGGCUGUGGUCACGGCCACGCUGCCUUUGUUGCGAAAGGUUCCUCUGGGUUCGUUCGUCCUGGCGCCGGUUUCUGCAGCGCAGGCCGGCCAUGCCAACAGCAGACACUCGAUGCUUGAUGGGUACACCGGUAGGAUAACUGGGUCGAUGGCCUUGGGUUUCAGGUCCAAAGGUGCUGUUUGGGGACAAGUCGCGGCUGGCAAAGGCUUGGGGCGGAGUAGAGGUCAUCGCGUACCUUUCCUAUGGCGUGGCCAAAGCGGCUCCUCUGGUGCUGGACGGCCUGGGUUUCAGCAUGGAAGAGCAGCUGGUGCGCAGGAUAGCGCUGGUGAAAGCAUUGGUGAGGUGCCCGGUGACAGGUCACAGCUGGUGCAGGCUUGGGGAGUAGUAGGGGUCGUCGCGUACCUUUCCUAUGGCGUGGCCAAAGUGGUUCCCAUUGUCCUGGACGGCCUGGGUGCCAUCACGGAGCCAUGGCAGUGGGGUUUGCUUGCAGUGACCCUGCUUUUCUUCGCCUACGUUGAGGGCUACAGAGGCUUCCAGCUUGGUUUCUCUCCACGCGUGGUCAGCCGCGCUUGGGUGGUCUCCGAGGAAGCUGAAUAUGCUCCAGUUUGGCACAAGGUCUUGGCACCUGCCUUUUGUAUCGGUUACUUCCACGGCAGCAAGAAGCGGGUGAUCACAAGUUGGGCAGUCACUACAGUGAUUUUCCUGGUGGUCAUAGGUGUCAGGCAAUUGGAUAACCCUUAUCGGGCUAUCAUCGAUGCCGGUGUGAUCGUGGGCUUGAUGUGGGGUAUCCUCUCGAUCAUCGUGAUCUACUUGGCCUCCUUGCAAAGCCAGAAGCCUCCAGAGUUUGAUCCCGCACUACCUGAUGAAACACCGUACACCCGGCUGAACUGAUGGAAGCUGAUCAGAGAUCUUGAGUCAGGACUGCAAAUCGACAUAAAUCAGCAUGACACAGCGCAUGAGCUAUUCCAAGCUGGAGGAUUCGACACAGAUAGCAACUUCCUGCUAACUUCACAACUUUGGUUUGAUGUGAUCGAUCCCUGAGGGCUUUACUGCGGCGAUUUCAAAUCCGCGAUCAAACUUCAGAACCGAGUUCCAUAUAUCCAAAUUACGUGGAAAACAAAUUAUACUUUAAUUACUAUAUAACGUGGAAAACAAAUUAUACUUUAAUUACUAUAUA